GGAGCGCGCAGCUCGGCAAUCUGUGCUGUGUCCAAUCACAGCUGAUCGCAUGUAAAUAGGGAAAUGCCGGUUAUCAGGAGAGCUGGUAAUCGGCAUCCCUCGGAGGGGACAUGUACACUGAUCAUCAGGGCACUGAUGAUCAGUGUUCCCUGAUGAUCAGUGUAGCCCCAGCAGUGUCACCUGUCAGUGUCCAUCAAUGUCUCAUAUCAGUGCCUACCAGUGCACAUCAAUGCCACAUAUCAGUGCCCAUCUGAGCUGCCUGUCAGUGUCACCUAUCAGUGCCAGUCAGUGCUGCCUUUCAGUGCCCAUCAGUGAUGCUUAUCAAUGCCCAUCAGUG